CCCGAACAGCUGACGUGCAGGUAUUUUGUAUCAUUAGGUAGUUGGUAUUGGCUAACCUGCAGCAGCAAUUGACGUGUCUUUGCCAGUCUUGCUAGUUUCUAUUCAGUAUCCAUAUUCUGUUGUGCCAGUGUUGUGUGUACGUCGUUUGUAAAUGGCGUCAGCGAAGGAGAACGUCGCCGUUGUCGAACAGAAAGUCGCCGAUUUAUCGGUAAAUGGAAGAGAGGAAUCGUCAGCGAUUAAGGAACAGCAAAAUGUCUUCGAGCCACAUUUGUCGGGCUUCGAAAUACGCGAGCUCUACAAAAUCGCCCUUAACUUUUAUAAAGAAAAAGAAGGCAAAGCUGUACACUUAUCAUACGAAGAUAAAUUAAAAUUAGUAGCUUUUACGCAACAAGUGUCUCAUGGUAAGUAUAGCCCUGAAAAAUCCCCAGAAUUGGGAGUUUUGGAUGUUAUUGGCAGAGAUAGAAAAUUGGCAUGGCAAACAUUAGGGGAUAUAACAAAAGACGAAGCAAUGGAGGGAUUUAUUGUUCUCCUAGACAAACUUUGCCCACUUUUUAAAACAUUUGUGGAAGCUCAAAAACGUGAUAUUGAGGAGAAAUCACGAUUAAAGAGGGAAGAAGAAGUGCGUAAAGCAGAAGAAGAAAAGAAGCUGAAAGAAUUGGAGGAAGAAAAAGAGAAGGAAGAAAAAUGUCGAUUAAAGCAGGAGAGUCAGCGUAGACAGAUACAGGAUGCACUAAAUCAGCAAACAUAUUUUCAGUUUAAAUCAUAUGCUGAACAGCAGUACCCUGGUAAUCCUGAACAACAGGGAGUGCUUAUCAGACAGUUGCAAGAACAACAUUAUCAUCAAUAUAUGCAGCAGUUGCAUAGAAAUCAGGAGGUUAUAGAAGAAAAAGAGGCAGGUAAGAAACAAAAUAACAGUGAAAUUUUGAACAGAGAACCUGAAGAGGAUCCCUUACUGUCGACCGAUUUGCCUGUUUCGAAUGAUGAAGAUUCUGACGAACCACAGGAUUGGCCAACAAUAGUACCUGCGGAAAUGUGGACAAAUAAAGGUGUAGAAGAAUUUAAAAAUACCAUUAGAAGAGAAGCUGGAGAUGCUGUAAUUAAAGUUGGGCAUGGAGAAAUAGUCACUGUUAGGGUACCAACGCACGAAGAUGGCUCAUGUUUAUUUUGGGAAUUUGCUACGGACGGAUAUGAUAUAGGAUUUGGAGUAAAUUUUGAAUGGUCUAAGCCAGAAACAACUCAAGUUUCAGUCCAUAUUAGUGAGUCGGAAGAUGAAGAUGAGGAUGAGGAUGACUACGAGACUAGGGAGGAUUUGGAAAGUGGAGACAUUACGGGGGAAUCAAGGCCAGAAUUUAAACCAAGUACAACCCCUAUUAGCGUUAUCGUACCAGUCUACAGAAGAGAUUCUCAAGAAGAAGUAUAUGCAGGUAGUCACCAAUACCCGGGACAGGGUAUUUAUUUAUUGAAAUUUGAUAACUCAUAUUCACUUUGGAGAAGCAAAACACUUUAUUACAGAGUAUAUUACACGAGACCAGCUGUAUCGAAAGAAUAAAAUGAUUACUUUAAGUAGAACUUAAAGUCAUUAUAAACGUUAUGUUUUAAUGUAUAAUUGUUAAACACUAGCCACUGAUGCAAUUGUUUACAACGCUAUGCUAGUCUGACUAACUGAAAACACUUGAACUAUUUUCAUGCAAGAAUAAGAGUGCACUUUUUGAAUAAAAAAGAAAAAAUUUAUAUAUUUAUUACGUAGUCGCAUAGGGACAC